AUGACCAGAAUUCUCUCUCAUCAUCUUCCCUCUGUUCUGUCCACGGCUCAAGAUACCAUCGAUACCCUUUGGUCAUACCUUGAAGCUCAAGGUUUGGGUGACUACCUCGGCGAAGCUAUAUCGCAACUGGAACAUUCACUGCAGUGUGCUCAUCGAGCAGUUGAGAAUGGUGCGGAUGAUGAGACUGUCCUUGGAGCUCUUUUACACGAUGUUGGUCGAUUCAUCCCUCGAUCAGACUAUGACAAGAUGCCCGCUAUGAUCGCUCCGAACGGCACUUUUGUCGGACGAGGAUCUCACGAAGUGUUGGGUGAGAAUUAUCUCCGAGCCAUUGGCUUCAGCGAUAAGGUCUGUUAUCUGGUCGGAGCGCACGUUUGGGCAAAAAGGUACCUUACGGCCACCGUUCCAGGCUACUAUGAUGAUCUGAGUCCUUCGUCAAAGACGACUCUGAAGUAUCAGGGAGGACCCUUCACGCCCGCGCAAGUCGCAGAGGCAAGCAAGGACCAGUAUCUUCAGGAGAAGCUAGCUGUUCGACGAUGGGAUGAUGAAGCCAAGGUUGCUGGGCUAGUCGUUCCAGGCUUAGAUGCGUAUAAGACUAUGGCCGUGAACAGUCUCUUGAAAUCUCGCUCCUCCUUCACCCUCCAUGGCCGUACCUACCGCCUGCCACAAAAACCGACCGUCGCAAUCUGUGUAGACGGCUUUGACCCCGAAUACCUUGAUCAGGGCAUUGAGGAUGGAGUCAUCCCUAACCUUGCCCGUAUAAAGUCGACUGGUUCAUGUUUCCCUGCUCAAGCCGCCAUGCCGACAUUCACCAACCCCAACAACUGUUCCAUCAUUACGGGAAUGCCAACUGCUGUCCAUGGAAUAUCUGGCAACUUUUAUCUGGACAGGGAGACCGGCGAGGAGAAAUUGGUCCUUGACGAUACUCUCCUCCGUGGCUCUACGAUCCUGGAACAGGCGUCUCGACGAGGCGUACGCGUUGCAGCGAUUACUGCCAAAGACAAACUCCGUCGCAUCAUUCAGCAUGGUUUGAAUCCUCGUAAAGGGGACAUAUGCUUUUCUUCAGAAUACGCUGGAAAAUGCACGCUCAAAGAAAAUGGAAUUGAAGACGUUGAAUCGUAUAUUGGUCGACCGGCUCCCUUUCAAUACUCGGGAGAUCUAUCCAUCUUCGUCCUUGAUGCUGGUGUCAAGCUUUUGCAAGAGGACCGAGCGGACCUAUUCUACCUCACCCUGUCAGACUUUAUCCAACAUAAGCACGCCCCGGGCUCGAAGGAGGCGAACGAUUUCCUUUCGGCCUUGGACCAACGUGUUGGACAGCUCUUGGAUCUCGGGGCCGUGGUGGCUCUCACGGGAGAUCACGGCAUGAGUGACAAGUCGUUGGCCAACGGAGAACCUAGGAUCUUGUUCACUCAGGACGUUUUAGAGGAAAAGUUUGGCAAAGGUUGCGCGAGAGUCAUCGCCCCCAUUACCGACCCAUUUGUGAAGCACCACGGGGCCCUUGGAUCGUUCGUCCGAGUUCACGUCGCUCCUACCCGUAAAUCUCAAGUAUCGGACAUGAUGGCGUUGUUGAAAUCGCACGAAGAGGUCGAGGUGGUUCUCACUGGCGAAGAAGGAGCUGCAAUGUGGCAGAUGCCAGCGGAUGUCGAAGGUGACAUUGUCGUCGUCUCAAUCAAGGGCGCUGUCCUGGGCUCAAGGAAGGAAGAACAUGACCUGGAGAAUCUCAAGGGACAUCGACUGAGGAGUCACGGUGGCCUCAGCGAGCAAGGCAUUCCUCUCAUGUGCAGUGCUGAGCCGGCGCAGGCCUUGUUGGAGCAGGAUAAGACUGGGCGUCAGUGGAGGAAUUUCGAUAUAUUCGACGUACUACUCAAUUAUGCUGAAUGA